UGAAGGCUCAGAUCUCGGCUAGCUGCCACCACGAGCACAUCUAAACAAGAUUGCUCUGCGAUCCAGGACACAACGUGUAGUUUGGCAAUAGCAGUUGAUAGUUGUACCUUCUGUAUUAUACUUCACUUCGUUCACCUUCUUCUUCAUUCUUACCACAAACAGAGUAGCGAAAAUGACUUCUUCCAAAUGUGAACAGAUGCCCCUAGUUCGUCACGUCACCCCAGCGCCUGGACUGGUUCCGGGGUUGAACUACCCAAGAUGCAGACGCGCCCGCUGCCGUGCACCGCAGGGAUUGUCUCGUGCGCAAAUGCGCAAUUGGCGGCGUCAACGUGCCAGCGCCCGAGAGCUCGUACGCAUCCAUGAGUUGCGGCUGGGUUUUGACAUUCUGGCCACUGUGGUACCCAAGAAGGAGAAUGAAAAGUUGUCCAAGGUUCAGGUACUGCGUUACGCUAUGGAGUACAUUGAGCAGUUAGCUGAAAUGAACAAGUUGCCUGCUGCCGACCCAUCGAACGCCACGGAAGUUGCCGAUUCCAAUGUAGGUGAUGUGUGGAGUCAACAGUGGCAGCAGUAUCAGGCAGCAAGCAGUGAUUCUGAUGACUCGGAUGCUCAUUACAUGUCCUUGUCGGCUGCCAGUCCAUCCUCCACCGUUUCCCUCUCAUCCUACUCCAGCAGUAGCAGCGGCAGUGCAGGCUCCGGCAGCUCUCGCAUUGGCAGCCCCCUGAGCAACAUUAGCAGCAGUGCAUCACAGUCAGCUCAGGAGAUGUUCUCUUCACCACCACCGCCAUGUGCUGUUGCAGCUGACCAAUGGUCUGUGCCAUCCCAGACGGCAACACCAUCACACAACCUAGCUGUCAGUGCUCAGAGUUUCAUGCACCCGCAGCAGCAGCAACAGCAGCCGCAGCAUUUCUUUUCGGAUGUGGCACCAUUGAAUGACGGCGGCAUGUCGUCAACAUGGGGAUCAUCUUCAGUGGAAGCAGGCAUGAACACACGUGCAGUCCCCAGCACGCUCAGCUCAAGCAGCAGCUGCAGACAGGACAGCAUGGCGAACUUGACAUCAUUGACACAUAACGUUUCACUGGACAGGCUGCUGCUGGAGGCUUCCUUCCUUGCAAACGACACCGGGCUGGGGGAGCAGUCGUGCAACAACUCUGCUGUGCAUGGAUCAUACAUUCCUAUGGCCAACGGCUUCACUAACAUGACACCCUAUAACUCUUCAUCAGUGGCUGGUUUCGACACCUCGUUCCCCGGAGCCAAUGAUAUGCAGUUUAACCAGUUCCUCCCAUGUCUGGCCUAGGCCGGAGAGCAGAUCACCUGCCACCACCACCACGAAGCUCAAUGGCACCAAGCUUGCAAGGCCACGAGAAACUAACUCUGUAAAUCGUUUCUCUCUUCACUACUAUUCACCGUCCAUGCCUUGGUCCUUAGCUGGCUCUACUGGAGGAUCAGCACAGGAAAAUCACAGGAAGUGUCCAUUCCGAUGUGAGCCUAAUUGAAAACAGUCUAUUUAUAGCAUCCCUAAGUCAAAUUUCUUCAAGCAAUGUCUCCUACAAACCAUGUUAUAUUUAUACAAUCGCCAUACACUAAACUGAAGCACAUACAUGUAGGUAAGUGUGCGAUCGUGCAUUCUAGGUCUCCAUUGUAAACUGUUCCGUAAUUUCUCUGUUCUGAUUGUGUAAUCUUCCGUAAGCUAAUGAACAAUUUGUAAUAACUAUAAACUGUAAGGACGUAUCGAAGUAGAAAGUUAAUCUUUAAUGUUGCAUGUGAUUACGCAAGACAUUGUGCUAAUAGUUGUAAGUGAUAAAGUAAUUGCGAUUUUUUUAUAACGAAUAUCAUGUGUUGCUGCCAUUUUACCGUAAGCGCUAAACUAAACUCAUAGGUGUUUUCCUGCAUUCCAUUGCGGCAGAGUUCUGCCAUCUUUAGACAUGCAAUUAUCGAUAAGUAACAUUUUUCGUAUCUACAUAUACAAGUGCUGUAAUUCGUUCAAUCCAGCAGAAUACGGCUGAUCAUUUCUCAUAGUAAUUUUAAAAUGCUUGCGCCUGUACUCUCCUGCUAAGCCUAAGCAAUCCGACAGAUAAUUAUCCCAUGAUCUAACACAUUCGAUUCAUCUAAAUUUUGUCCAGCAAUAUCGGCAAGACCGUUGAAAAUACAUUACAGAACUAUUGGACAA